AUGCUCCCGAGCACUGGUUCGUUUGCUUGUCCGAAGGAGGCGAGCCGCUGGGUGCUCUUGGGUCGCCACCUCAACUUCUGCAAGCAGUAUCAACGUUCAAUCAUCGCGCACACCGAUAAGAAACACCCGGUUUACCUGCCAUCAGCCGAGUUGUGGUUCAUCACGUACGCGGUGGCGCCCGCCAUCGAGGAUAUCAACGUCGAGUUCGCCAAGCUGCAGAGCCGGUCGCUGCUGCUCGCGCAGCAGCAGGAAUGUAUCAAUGCGUUGACCGUCAAGCUCACCAUCAUGUUCUGCAUCGAAGUAGUCGAUUUGGACGAUAGCUACGACAAUGACGAGGCCGGGUUCGUAUCGGUCGGGUCGACGCGGAUCGACGUCAUGGGCAUCAAAAGUCACAUCCACGACCAAGGGUUGGCUUCUGGAGAGCACCGUGAUCGUCUCGAGGCUAACGACCAGAAUUAUUUCAUCAAGCAGAUCGCGAUGUACGUCAUUAUGCUGGUCCAUGGGCUCAUGGGCGUAAAGGCCGAGCGUGACGAGAACAACCUGCAUCUAGACCACGGCGCGCUGACUGUCAUGCCUCAACAGCUAGUAAGGCUGCUUCCCUCCAAGUUUUUUUAG